AUGGGAGGUGUUUUUGGGAAGAACAAGGCACACUGUGUGUUCCCCAGGGUUGUUUAUAGGGCCAGGGGCAGGAAGGCUGCCCGGGCGUGCUGCGAUGCAGCCACCUGGACUGGGGAGAGCCACUUCCACUCGGCACGGAUUGGGAGGACUCGGAGGCGCUCUGAGCCUCCUGCUGCCCAGCUGGUGAUGGAAACUUCUGGAAGUGAGUUUGGAGAGGAGGAAGGAGACCCAGGCACUUCUCCAAGGGCACAGCACAGCGAGGCCUCAGUCCCUGUGGCUGCUGGAGACACGCGAGGGGCUGAGCUGUCCCAGGAGCCUGAAGCCAAACCUCAGCCAGAGCUGAUGGAACACCAGGGACUCACUGGAGAGGCACAAAGAUCCCAAAAUCCUCAGGACAGCAGCGAGACUGGAGCUGUCCUGCACCCACCUGGCAGCUCUUUGCACCGCGAGCUCCGCCGUGGGGACCAGGGGGUGACACCUCCCCACCAGACCACGGUGGAGGUCGAUGUCCACGUGUCUGCAGGUGACCACGAGGAGCCUGGCUGGGGUCAGGCUGCAAGAUCUGAGCUGCUGAGCGGUGCAGGGCAGGGGAAUGGGGCUGGCAGCACUGCAGAGGAGGCCUGUGUUGGGGAGGCUCUUUGGGAAGCGCCCAUGCAGACUGCAGGUGACACCACGGCUGCUCCGUGUCCCCUGGAGGAGCCAGAGCUGCCCCUGAAGGCUGCAGAGCCAGGAGAAGACAUCACAAGUGGGCAGAGAGCUGCACAAGAGCAGGGGGGAGAAGAAGCUAAAGCCCCACCUGAUCUCCAGCUGGGACCCGGUGAGAUUCCUGAUCCUGAAGGUGUGACAGGAACUGCUGGUGAGCCAGAGCAAGCUGAAGAGGUGGCUGAGGCCUGUGGUGAUGGACACACAUCAGAGGAGAUCCCAGCCUGCCUGCCAGAAACCCAGGAGGAGGAGGAGAAAAUCAAAGUUAGCAGUGAGGGAAAAGCAGAGGAGCACUGA